ACUCAGACGCUUGCUUUCCCUCUUGCUGGCUCAGUCCAGUGCUGGGAGGAAGAGGACGGAUUGAGACAUAUCUCUCUGCAUCUCAUGCUACCUUCCCUCAUGCUGGGCUGAUGUGAGGAGCCUGUCUGGGUUCUUUCUCUCUCCCAUCUCGGAGGAUUCUGCUAUAGAGAUGUCUGGUGAGAACAUCCUGUCUUCUCCAGAGAUCUGAAACUGGCAUGAUGUCACAGCUCUUGCAUAUGGAGAUCCCAAACUUUGGCAGCACGGUUCUGGACAGCCUCAAUGAACAGCGGUUGCUGGGCCAGCACUGCGAUGUGGCCAUCAUGGUCAACGGACAGGCCUUUAAGGCCCACCGUGCCGUGCUGGCGGCCAGCAGCCUGUACUUCCGUGAUCUGUUUAGCGGUAGCACACAGACUCUCUUUGAGCUACCCUCGUCGGUGGCCCCGUCCUGUUUUCGGCAGAUCCUGUCAUUCUGCUACACAGGCAGGAUGACAGUGAGUGCCAGCGAUCAGCUGAUGGUCAUGUACACUGCAGGCUACCUUCAAAUCCAGAACAUUGUGGAACGAGGAAUGGACCUCAUGUUCAAGGCCAGCGCUCCGUACUGUGACUCCCAGACAUCUGCCACAGACGAUCCCCCCAGCCCAAACAACAACAACUCCUCCUUGUUGCUAGGCGACAAGCGCAAAUCUGUCUGCAAGAUCAAGGAAGAGAAGCUGGAGACCCUGGUGUGUGCUCAGAGCGCAGAGCAAAAGCAGGCUGAGGAGGAUAGGGGAACUAGUGGUAGAUCUUUAAGGAACAGCACUCUUUUCUACACCUGUGGAGUAGGGAAUGGGGUAAUACCUGUGAUGCAUCCUUAUGAGCACUCCACCAGGGAUCACGCCAGCCCUGGAGCCUCAAGCCUCCCAACCACAGACAGUCCAACGUCACACCAAAAUGAGGAGGAGGAUUUUGAAGAUGACUCAUACGAUAGCCUAACAAAUGGAAAGAUCUAUGGGGGCUCGGCCAGUCUCUAUUGCAUACAAGAGAAGAUGAAGGUGUCCUCCCUGCCUCUGUCCUUGGACAACCGAUUCUGUGUGCUGCUGGGAGGAGACAGAGAGGCUCUUCCCGCUGGUCUCAUCAGCCAGAUCGGCUACCGUUGCCACCCUGCUCUCUACACAGAGGGCGACCCUGGAGAGAGGCUGGAGCUGAUUGGAGGAUCUGGUGUCUUCAUGACACGUGGGCAGCUGAUGAACUGUCACCUCUGUGCUGGGGUCAAACACAAAGUCCUACUGAGACGCCUCCUAGCUGCUUUUUUUGACAGGAACACACUGGCUGACAGCUGUGGGACUGGAAUCCGGUCUUCUAACUGUGAUCCAAAUCGCAAACCACUGGACAGCCGCAUACUCAACACGGUCAAACUCUACUGUCAGAACUUUGCCCCUAACUUCAAAGAGAGCGAAAUGAACGUGAUUGCCGCAGACAUGUGCACCAACGCCCGGAGAGUUCGUAAACGCUGGCUCCCCAAGAUAAAGUCCAUGCUCCCAGAAGCCAUCGAGGUGUACAGGGGGACUGCAGUCCUAAGCCAGGUGGAGGGAGCCACCCAGCCAAGUGGUGGCUUUCCCUUUGAGUCAGAGUUCAAACACCUGGCAGCAUCAAAUCUGACUCUGGAGCAGCAUCUCUAUGAAGACUGCAGAGAGACACUGAGGAAUGGCUCUCACUUCACAGGAGUCAGUAUGGAUGAGAGGUCCAAAAGUGAAGCAGCUAAGCCUGAGCCAGGGCGAGCCAGCGAGUCAGACAACCCACAGGAUGUUGAGAGGCGUCCGGAGAGUCCAGAGAGAGCGGCCAGUGUGCUCGCCGUUAACCCAGCCAGCAAGAAAGGAGAAAAAGAUUGGGCAGCUAGCAGCCCCAGAACACAGAGAGAGGAACAGAACAAACAGAGACCACUUAAAGAGGAUCAGUGACUUCCUCUACUUCAAAAUAUUAUAAACUGGUCUGCAGCUUCUCACAAUCAAAAGGAUCUUUAUCCCUAAUUGCAAAUAUCCCAUGCUGCUGAACAUACAGUGGGCCCAAGAAGUAUUGAGACACUUAAGCCACACUUACAAAUGUAUUAAUGUCUUAGCAUUAUGUAACAAAAUAUCAAACCAAAUUAUUUUAAACUAAAGAAAUAUAGCACAUAAAUACACUUUUCAAGCAAAACAUUUUACAAAAAGAAGUUUAAGUUUUAAAUGAGAAAAUAUAUACAGUAUAUUAUUAAAAAUUAAAACAACAAGUAUUGGGACACUUUCUGGUUGUCAAACUUAGUGGAACAUGUUCAUAAUUAAUAUGAUGAGCAACACAUGUGGUUAUUCUGCUAGGACACAUGUGAGAACUUGAGGGGGACUGACUUCAUACACCCACUAAAAUCACUUUGAAAUCAAUUGGUUACAAGUGAUUGCUAAAAAUCACCAAGAAACGUAAAAAAGUUAAUCCUCAGAAACAGUCUAGCAUUCAUUUUUUUUCAAAUGCCGCUUGUUUGUGUAUUUUUUAUAUAUACAUAUCAAAUGCAAUGGCAUUCUUACAUUUUUAAAUGUGACAUAAAUGUCCAAAUACUACUUGUUUCAACUUUAACAUAAAAGCUGCAUGAUCAUGGAAACUCAACAUAUAACAAAUAUUUUCCAGGAUAAAUCGAAGAACUUCUGCAGCAAAUAUAAGACAUUUUAAGGAUUUUUGAUGGACUCAUUUAGCAUACGUAAAUACAGUCACAUUAACAAGCCCAAUACAUUAAGGCAGUCAGUGGUGUGAUUUUUCUUUUUUCUUUUUCUUUUUUCUUUUUCUUUUUUAUGAAUGCAUGUGAUGCAUAUCCUCUGGCAUUUCUGACUAAUACUCUUGCCAAUUACACAAACAAAUGGAUCAAGGACUUCUGCAUGGCUAAAACAAGUGCAGGACAAAUGUUCUCUUUAUUAUAUCAAAUACAUGCUUCAGAAAUCAGAACUAUCCUGCUUUUGGAGAGAGGGGUUGCUAUGUAUCUAGCUGACUAUCAGACCGCUGAGUCCAACAGUAAGGCAAGCUGAACCAAGGGCAACAGUCUAGAGAGUACACUGGACUCUCAGUUUUCCCUCCCAAGCUUUUUAAUCUAACUUUCAUUCUCAAGCUGCUGUAUAGUAAAUGCUUGCCUGUUUUUGCAUUACAGCUGGUCUGGACAUUUGAAACGUGAUUGUAAGAUGUUUUUUGGAAGUGAAAUAAAGGAAGGAUUAUU